AUGGCGUCUGAGCAAGCAUUGCCCACCCGCCAGCGUCGCCCCUCCACCUCUGCCCCAAUCGUCGACAUCCAGGGUGCCGUCGGGCCCGCAGGCAUCUCGCGCCCCAAGCACAAGAGAACCUUUACCGGCUUUGGCGCUGGCGAGAUCAAAAGUGUCCAAGCUUCCAUCCCCGAGCCCCAGCGCGCAGCUUGGGAGAAGCAUACCGUCAAGAAUUUCGAGGACCAGGAUGGCUUUGAGCGUGCAGUUGUCCGUCAUGUCGAGACUACCCUCGCCCGCAGCUUGUUCAACUGCGACGAGAAGGCCGCCUAUGCCGCCACCAGCUUAGCUUUCCGCGACCGUCUCAUUACCGAUUGGAACAGGACACAGCAGCAGCAAACCUUUAGCGACACCAAGCGAGUCUACUACCUCAGCCUCGAAUUCCUCAUGGGUCGUGCUCUUGACAAUGCCAUGCUCAACGUUGGCCUCAAAGACACUGCCAAAGCUGGCCUUGCCGAUCUUGGGUUCAGAAUUGAAGACAUCAUUACCCAAGAAAAUGAUGCGGCCCUUGGAAACGGUGGCCUCGGCCGUCUCGCCGCUUGCUUCCUCGACAGCUUGGCAUCGCUCAACUACCCCGCCUGGGGCUACGGCCUUCGCUACCGCUACGGCAUCUUCAAGCAGGAAAUUAUUGAUGGAUAUCAGGUUGAAGUUCCCGACUACUGGCUGGACUUUAACCCCUGGGAGUUUCCUCGUCACGAUGUGACUGUUGACAUUCAAUUUUAUGGCAACGUCAGGAAAUCGACCGACGCCGACGGCAAGAACAUUUCCGUCUGGGAGGGCGGUGAGGUUGUCCAGGCCGUCGCGUACGAUGUUCCUAUUCCAGGUUACGCUACACCCACCACCAACAACUUGCGUCUCUGGUCCAGCAAGGCUUCUGGAGGCGAGUUUGACUUUCAGAAGUUCAACAAUGGCGACUACGAAAGCUCCGUCGCCGAUCAGCAGCGUGCCGAGACCAUCAGUGCUGUACUGUAUCCCAAUGACAAUCUCGAGAGAGGCAAAGAGUUGCGUCUGAAGCAACAGUACUUUUGGGUUGCUGCCUCUCUUUACGACAUUGUUCGACGCUUCAAGAAGUCGAGACGCGGAUGGAGCGAGUUCCCAGAGCAGGUUGCUAUUCAACUCAACGACACCCACCCUACUCUUGCUAUUGUCGAACUGCAGCGUAUCCUGGUGGAUAUUGAAGGUCUUCCGUGGGACCAGGCUUGGAACAUUGUCACCAACACCUUUGGCUACACCAACCAUACCGUGCUUCCCGAGGCCCUCGAGAAGUGGCCCGUUGGCCUUUUGCAGAACCUUUUGCCUAGGCAUCUGCAGAUCAUCUUUGACAUCAACCUGUUCUUCUUGCAGCUGGUCGAAAAGAAAUUCCCAGACGACCGGGAAAUACUCCGUCGCGUUUCCAUAGUUGAAGAGUCGCAGCCCAAGAUGAUUCGCAUGGCUUACCUCGCCAUUGUCGGAUCCCACAAGGUCAAUGGUGUUGCUGAGCUUCACUCUGAUCUCAUUCAGACUACCAUCUUCAAAGACUUUGUCGCCAUUUACGGCCCUGACAAGUUUACCAACGUCACCAACGGUGUGACACCCCGCAGAUGGCUUCACCAGGCCAAUCCUCGUCUGUCCGAGUUGAUUGCCAGCAAGUGUGGCGGCAAUGGCUUCCUUACCGAUCUGACAAAGCUGGCCAAGCUCGAGCAAUUUGCUGGCGAUAAGGAAUUCCGCAAGGAAUGGGCUGAGAUCAAGUAUGCCAACAAGGUUCGCUUGGCCAAGCACAUCAAGAACACUCUUGGUGUGACUGUCAACCCGGCAUCACUCUUUGAUAUUCAAGUGAAGCGUAUCCAUGAGUACAAGCGCCAGCAGAUGAAUAUUUUCGGUGUCAUUCACCGCUACCUGGCGCUCAAGAAGAUGUCCCCCAAUGAACGCAAGAAACAGCAGCCGCGAGUCUCCAUCUUCGGUGGCAAGGCUGCUCCCGGAUACUGGAUGGCCAAGCAAAUCAUUCAUCUCAUCAACUCUGUUGGGUCAGUUGUGAACAAUGACUCCGAUAUUGGUGACCUGCUCAAGGUCAUCUUCUUGGAAGACUACAAUGUCAGCAAGGCCGAGAUCAUCUGCCCUGCCUCGGAUAUCAGCGAGCACAUCUCCACUGCCGGAACCGAAGCCUCCGGUACUAGCAACAUGAAGUUUGUUCUCAACGGUGGUUUGAUCAUUGGCACAUGCGACGGUGCCAACAUUGAAAUCACGAGAGAAGUUGGCGAGAGCAACAUCUUCUUGUUCGGUAACCUCUCGGAAGAUGUGGAGGACUUGCGUCAUGCCCACACGUACGGCUCACACGCCAUCGACUCUGACUUGGACGCAGUGUUCCAGGAGAUUGAAAAGGGCACCUUCGGGACGCCACACGACUUCGGCGCGCUGGUUGCUGCGGUUCGCCAGCAUGGUGACUACUACCUGGUGUCGGACGAUUUCCACAGCUACAUUGAGACGCACCGACUUGUAGAUGAGGCAUACCGCAACCAGGACGAAUGGGUUUCCAAGUGCAUCACGGCGGUUGCCCGCAUGGGCUUCUUCAGCAGCGAUCGUUGCAUCAACGAGUAUGCGGAGAGCAUCUGGAACGUGGAGCCGCUGCCCAUCAAGGAGUGA